AUGGCAUGCGCGCUCCACCCAGAUGCUGAGCAUUCUAUUGAGGAGUGUGUCGAGUUUGAAGAAUUUCUGCAAGACCUGUUAGAUCGUGGUCUGAUGCAAGUAUGCUGCAAGAGUGAGGAGGAACAGGUAUUUGCACAAACUGGUGAUGGGUCCGGUAUGACUUUACCAGAACCAUUGGUGAUUCGUUUCACCAGGACUACCCCUAUCCCACUGACUCAAGGAAGGUCGCCUGUUGUUAUCCGUGUACCAGCCCCUUUUCCUUACAAGAAUGAAAAAGCUGUCCCAUGGAGAUAUGGGACACAUGCAGUAGACGAAGUACAAAGCGUUGAUCCUGCUGUUAAAAAUAUAUCAGGCAUAGGUGGAAUGACGAGGAGUGGUCGAUUUUUCACACCACCGGAGNUGGCACGAGAAAGAGCUAGUGAUAAAGAAGCAUCGAUGGCUACGAAGGCCAAAGAAUUCUUAAAGGGUAAAGGUGCACAGACAGAAGAAAUCCCCGACAAGGAAGAGAAAAGAGAAGUGUCUGAAGAAGAGGCUUGUGAAUUUUUAAAAUUCAUACAACAAAGUGAAUAUAAGGUAGUGGAGCAGUUAAACCGUAUGCCUGCCCGUAUAUCCUUGUUAGACUUGCUCAUGUAUUCUGCAUCACACAGAAAGUUGUUAAUGAAGAUACUCAAUGAGGCUCACGUGGAGCAAGGUAUUUCGUUGAAUAAAUUUGAGGGUAUUGUUGGCAAUAUUGUUGCUAAUAAUUACCUCACAUUCACGGAUGAGGAAAUACCUGCUGAGGGAAGAGGGCAUAACAAGGCUCUUCACGUCUCUGUGAAAUGCCUGGAUCAUGUUAUAGCGCGUGUCUUAGUGGACAAUGGCUCUUCUUUGAAUGUUAUGCCGAAAGCAACUUUGGAAAAGCUACCUUGCGAAGGAAUGUAUAUGAAGCCAAGUUCAAUGAUUGUGAGGGCGUUUGAUGGUAGCAAAAGAGAAGUGAUGGGGGAAGUGGAAUUACCAGUGCAAGUUGGCCCAUGUGUCUUCCAAAUAACGUUCCAGGUCAUGGACAUCCUGCCAGCUUAUAGUUGCCUGUUGGGGCGCCCGUGGAUCCAUUCGGCCGGAGUCGUGCCUUCUACAUUACAUCAGAAGCUAAAAUAUGUGAUGGGGGAUAAGCUGGUGAUAGUGUCGGGAGAAGAGGAUCUUCUUGUGAGUGGGCCAUCAUCCACGCGCUACAUUGAGGCNGCUGAAGAAGCUCUUGANACAGCCUUUCAAUCGUUGGAGAUUGUGGGAAAUGCUUGUGUGGAGCCGUNUCCAGUAAAUCCUCAUCUAUCUUGUGCUUCUAUUAUGAUGGCCAAGAUUAUGCUGAAGAAGGGCUAUAUAUAUGGAGAAGGUUUGGGCAAAUAUCGGCAAGGGCGAGCAUUCCCUCUAGAAAUCGUUGAAAACAAGAACAGAUAUGGCUUGGGAUACAAGCCUACCAAAGAAGACAGGAAGAGGAUGAUUGAAGAAAGAAGAGAACGUAGUCUAGCCCGUGCAGAAAGACGGGAGCCCAGAGAGAGCAAGAUUCACAUUGGUGACAUUAAGGAAAACUUCUGCAGUGCUGGGUGGAUCAAUACUGGCCAGAUAGCAGCCGUGGAGGAUGAAGACAAGCCUCAGAGCUCGAGUUUUGUGUGGGCUUGCUCCCCUAAUACUCAACUCAGCAAUUGGGAAACACUGGAUUUACCUGUGAUGCUUAAUGAGAAUAAAAUAUGUGACAAUGAUUGUUUUGAAAAUAACGAUAUCAAUGUNCCUAAUUUUGAGCACCCUAUCGAUAAUACGGAAGAUGAUUUCGAAGAUGAUGUGGAUACCCCUUCGGAAUUGUUGAGAUUAGUGGAACAAGAAUCUAAGGAGAUAAAACCCCAUCAGGAAGAGAUUGAAGUAUUCAACUUGGGAGAGAAGGGUGAGAUAAAGGAAGUGAAAAUCGGUACUAGUAUGAAAAUAGAAGUGAGAGAAAGAUUGCGUGCUCUAUUGAAGGAGUUUAAAGAUGUGUUUGCGUGGUCUUAUAAUGACAUGCCGGGUCUAGAUACCGAUAUUGUGCAGCAUAAGCUCCCACUCAAGCCGGAAUGCCCUCCAGUCAAGCAAAAAUUAAGAAGAAUGAAACCGGAAAUGUCCCUAAAAAUUAAAGAGGAGGUUCAAAAGCAAUUUGACGCNGGAUUUUUGGCUGUGGCAAGAUACCCACAAUGGGUAGCGAAUGUUGUGCCAGUGCCCAAGAAGGAUGGAAAAGUUCGAAUGUGUGUUGACUAUCGUGAUCUGAAUCGUGCAAGCCCGAAGGAUAAUUUCCCGUUACCACAUAUCGAUACUCUAGUUGAUAAUACGGCCAGAUUUUNGUUAUUUUCAUUCAUGGAUGGAUUCUCGGGAUAUAACCAAAUUAAAAUGGCACCGGAAGAUAUGGAGAAGACGACCUUUAUCACGUUAUGGGGAACAUUUUGUUAUAAGGUGAUGUCUUUCGGACUCAAGAAUGCUGGAGCAACGUACCAAAGGGCAAUGGUGGCACUAUUCCAUGAUAUGAUGCAUAAAGAGAUCGAAGUUUACGUGGAUGACAUGAUUGCAAAGUCUGAGUCAGAAGAGGAGCAUAUUUUCAAUCUAAAGAAAUUAUUUGAGAGACUGAGAAAGUACAAACUCAGGUUAAAUCCCGCCAAAUGCACGUUUGGAGUGAAGUCUGGAAAAUUGUUGGAAGAGGCUGAAUGGGUUCAAGCUCGGUUCGAUCAGCUCAAUCUCAUUGAUGAAAAAAGAUUAGCAGCAGUAUGCCAUGGACAAUUAUACCAAAGAAGAAUGAAGAAGGCAUUUGACAAAAAGGUACAUCCAAGGGAAUUUCAUGAAGGUGAACUGGUGUUGAAAAAGAUUCUACCUGUACAAAAGGAUCACAGGGGCAAAUGGACUCCGAAUUAUGAAGGGCCAUUUGUGGUGAAGAAAGCAUUUUCUGGUGGGGCACUAAUUCUCACAAGAAUGGAUGGGGAAGAGUUACCAUUUCCAGUUAAUUCUGAUGCAGUAAAAAAGUUUUAUGCAUGA